GACACUUUUCUUGUAGAAGGUCGGACUUUUUACGUCCACGUCCCAUGUGGAUUUCCUGUUUUAAAGCGGACCAAGCACUAAAAUGCAAAUUCAUCAAAAUCUCACUACAAUGACUCAGUAGCUUGAGACCGGCCUACUUGGAGGCAGCCUGAGCGACAGUAGUGUGAUUCGGUCUCCUCCACAAGGGCAGCGCAGUCUCACUGUGGAGCUCGUGUUUUUCCUCCACACCGCGCAGUGUACCUUUAAAAGGUUGAACUCGACAGUCUACGGUUCUGCGAACACUGGACUGUUUCCCCACUCGGCUCAGCUGUGUGUACCUUCCAGCAGUGACAUGGCAUAGAGGCGGUGUGUUGUCAGCAACAGCAGCAGCAUCAUCAUCCUGCACCAUGGACGCUCUCCUGCUCCGACAGCCGAAGCGGAGCGGAGCCUUCGCGGCGCUGGACACCAUGAUGCCCGUGUGGAUGGUAUUAAGCGCGGUGUCGGGACUGAAGGCGGAGGAAGGAGCAAUGGAAGAACUUACCACCGAGAAGGAGGCUGAGGAAAGUCACCGACAGGACAGCGUUAAUUUGCUGACAUUCAUUUUACUGCUGACCUUAACCAUUCUCACCAUAUGGCUCUUCAAGCACAGACGGGUCCGUUUCCUUCACGAAACCGGACUGGCAAUGAUUUACGGUUUGCUGGUAGGUGUGAUUCUGCGCUACGGCAUCCCUGCCACCAGCUACCACAACAAGACGCCCCCAAGCUGCUCGCUGAAGGAAGGACCUGUCAGCACCCUGCUGCUUAACGUCAGCGGCAAGUUCUUUGAGUACACCCUCAAAGGGGAGAUCAACUCCAGAGAGAUUAACAAUGUGGAGCAGAAUGAUAUGCUGCGCAAGGUCACAUUUGACCCUGAAGUGUUCUUCAACAUAUUGCUGCCUCCAAUUAUUUUCCAUGCUGGGUACAGUCUGAAAAAGAGACACUUCUUCAGGAACCUGGGCUCCAUCAUUACCUAUGCGUUUCUUGGCACUGCCAUCUCAUGUUUUGUUAUUGGGAAUCUGAUGUACGGUGUGGUCAAACUGAUGCAAGUGGUCGGACAGCUGACAGACAAGUUCUACUACACUGACUGCCUUUUCUUUGGUGCCAUUAUCUCUGCUACAGACCCAGUGACGGUGUUGGCCAUCUUUAAUGAGCUUCAUGCAGAUGGGGAUCUCUACGCUCUGCUGUUUGGAGAAAGUGUUAUGAACGACGCUGUGGCCAUCGUGCUUUCCUCGUCUAUCGUGGCGUACCAGCCCAGCGGAGCGAACACACACCAGUUUGAUGCCUCCGCUUUUUUCAAGUCAGUCGGGGUUUUCCUGGGUAUUUUCAGCGGCUCCUUUGUGAUGGGUGCAGCCACAGGAGUCGUCACCGCUCUCGUCACCAAGUUCACCAAGCUGCACUGUUUCCCGCUGCUGGAGACGGCCCUCUUCUUCCUCAUGUCCUGGAGCACCUUCCUGCUGGCUGAAGCCUGCGGGUUCACAGGAGUCGUAGCUGUGCUGUUCUGUGGCAUCACGCAGGCCCACUACACCUACAACAACCUGUCUGCAGAGUCAACGAAGCGCUCCAAGCAGCUUUUUGAGGUCCUUCACUUCCUGGCAGAGAACUUCAUCUUCUCCUACAUGGGUUUGGCUCUGUUCACCUUCCAGAAUCAUAUUUUCAGCCCCAUUUUCAUCAUAGGGGCUUUUCUUGCCAUUUUCAUUGGAAGAGCGUUCAACAUUUACCCGCUGUCCUUCCUUCUCAACCUCGGCAGAAGGCACAAGAUCAAAGGAAACUUCCAGCAUAUGAUGAUGUUUGCAGGUCUGCGGGGGGCGAUGGCGUUUGCUCUGGCCAUCCGGGACACGGCCACCUACGCCCGCCAGAUGAUGUUCACCACAACGCUGCUCAUUGUCUUCUUCACUGUCUGGGUUUUUGGCGGUGGGACGACGCCCAUGCUGUCCUGGCUACACAUCAGGGUUGGUGUGGACCCAGAUCAAGAUUCGCAGCCCUGUGGAGACAGCUUCCAGGUCUUACAGGGGGAUGGGCCCCAGGCUGAAGGACAAAGUAAAACCAAACAGGAGAGUGCGUGGCUCUUCAGACUGUGGUACACCUUUGAUCACAAUUACCUGAAGCCUAUUCUGACGCACAGCGGUCCGCCUCUCACCUCCACUCUGCCAGCUUACUGUGGGCCGUUGGCAAGCUGUCUGACCAGCCCCCAGGCAUACGAGAACCACGAGCAGCUGAGAGACCAUGACUCUGACCUCCUCCGCAACGAUGGUGACCUGACCUUCACGUUCGGUGACACUGCCAUCACAGCCAAUGGCGCGUCAGGCGGCGGGGGGGAAGCAGCCGGAGGGUCGGGCUGGAGCGCGAAUGGCAAAAGGAGCGGCAGCACCUCAGAGGAGGCGCUGGAGCGUGAGCUGGACUCCCGCGAGCAGGAGCUGCUGAGCCGAGGCACGCGCCUGGUUUUCCCCAUCGAGGAUCACAUCUGACAUCCCUCCUUUUCGCCAGCACCGCCAGCCUCCCUGACCUGACCCCCAGACUGCCUCGCCCUCAGAUCUCCCCCACAUCUUGCGGGCAGAGUCCUUCAGACAUAAGACAGAGAGGAGAUAUGAGAGUAGACAAGAGGGGAGAGUUCAGAGCAACUCUGAGCUCCCUCCAGGCCCCGGGAGUAGAGCUCAGUGAACAUUUCAUCCUCAUUACAGAGCUGGAGUUAAUUCUCCAGGAGACAUGCGUCCUCUAGAGCGUCAGGAGAUCAACUCUCCAUGCUGUUCUAUUGAGAUUCAGUUUUACAGACGUUCCUCUACAUAAACAAGAGGGAAACCUUUAUGCAGGAUAUGAGGAUGAAAAAAAAAUUCCUCAUGCUAGAUUUAAACUGCACUUUUAGAACAUGUGACAUUGCGAGUUCAGCUGGAGUGGAAAAGAAGACAAAAAAUUGCCUGGCAGCCCUUUCUCUCAUCAUGUGAUCUGUUUCAUGGUGAGCACUGAGAAAAUGCCAAGCGGCUUCUUCGUCGCAAUCACACCUCCCAUCUAUAGAUGCUGAAAUGAGACUUCACUUACUAACCAACUUUAAUAGUUUAUAGAUCAAACAAGAGCUCUCUGGUAUAUUUGUACCAUUCAUCUGAAGCUGCUUAAAGGCCAGUGUUUAUGUUUGUGAGGAUGUCUUUUGUUCAACACAAAAGCAUCUGUGUGGAGGAGAAUUGUGGCAUUUGAGGAGCACAGAGAGGGUCAGUGAGUGUGUUGCUCUCUCAGCCUCCACAGCCUGUCAUGGGUGAAGUGACAGGGCUGAAGAAUGUGAGCAUGUAAAUAGCUACAAUUCAGAGCUUUGUUCCUCUCUAGUGGGACCGCUUCUUUCAGUGCAUUACGUACCAUGACUGUUACAAACAGCAUCUGUGUAUCAAGUAUUUGAACUGGAUCUUUUUCUGUGUAAUUGGCUGAUUUUCUUUACAGUGACAUGAAUGCGGAACUGAUGCUAAUUAUACUGUACUACGGUGUACACUGUAAUACAGUUGAAGAGCAUUUUUAGCAUUAUAAAGUAAAUAGGCCUUCAUCAUAAUUUUGAACUCUUUGCAAAAUUAUAUGUUGUCUACUAAUUUUAAAAAUAUUUAAAAUGAUGCUUUGUAUCCAUUUAUUAACAAUUAUUUUCAUAAUCAAUUAAUAUGUUGAUUUUCUUGAUUAAUCAAGAAGCUGUUUAGUCUACAAAAUGUCAGAGAAUAGUGUAAAAAUUUACAAGAGCCCAACAUGUUUGUUUGAAUUGAUUGUUUGUCCAACCAAAAGUCCAAAAUCGAACAGUAUUGAAAGGUUCCAACAUUCUUCUUGAACUCCAUUAUUAAGUAAAAUUCAUUUAUCAACGAAGAGUAAAUUGAUAAAGUGCUCGCACACAACCUCAUCAAGCAGUGCUCACCCAUUAGCUGCAUCAGUAGUGUUUAUACUCUUAAACAAUGGUGCCUGUGGGUGAUUUAUCCUAUAUAUUUACCACAAAUCUAUUGAAAUUCUUAACACUGAUACAAAGAUUGUAUAAAAGAAGUGGACGUAGCUACCUUGAUAUAACCCAUUGGUUUGUGGACUAAUGUUUUUGGCAUUUUGGCCAUCGUCAUCUUGUUUUUUUGCUGCCAGAAGUGACCAUAUUUGGAGGAGAGGGUGGAUCAAACAGAGUCCAGAGCCAAUUACCCUAAGUAUUACUAGACAAAGCUAACGCUAGAUGGGUAGCUUGGUUAGCAAGGUUUAAUUAUGAUUUACGUUUACUGUGAUAAUAAUUGAAAUACUAAUUUUAACUGGCAAAAGCAGGCUUAAAAAAACUGUGUACUUACUGGAAUAUUUAACAGCCAAGUCCUUAGUGUCUUUUAGAACAGCCAAAAGCUGAAAAAGGCAUUUUAAGGCAACAAAAAUGUUACAAAUAACUUUCAUGACCACACCGUGGAAAAGAAAAACAUACUGUGGAAGCAAUGUGUCAAUCAUAAGGUAGCCACGCCCUAAAUCAUACCCUGCUUUAUUGUCUAUUUUACUGUAAAUGGGACCAUAAUUUACAAAAUGAACAUCAUGUUGUGAUGAAAAGACUUGAAACUAGCCACUGAGACCAUACACUCAUUAGGAAAAUGUUUACUGAGGUAAUAAAUCAAGUCAGAAGUUUGGUGAAUUUCCCAUUGACUUCUAUAUGAUAUAACUUCCUUUUGCUACCAGUGGAGUCGCCCCCUGCUGGUCAUUAGAAAGAAUGCAGAUUUAAGCCACUUCCGCAUUGGCUUCACUUCUCAGUCGUUGAGGCUAUGCCAACUUCUUUUUUACAGUCUUUGCACUUAAAAUGAGUUGAGUUGGUCUCACCAGUGAACGGGUCAUUGUGGGAUAUUUUGCAAUAAUCUAGUGUCUCACCUGUUGUCCCUAAACCUUAACUCUUAGCUGUGAUAUUUGACAAAGUUUCUGGAUUUGUGCUGACAAUUUUGUUUAGAUGAACUUCAUAGUUCAAGUUCAAGUUAGAAAAAUGAAUCCCAUCAAAUCGACUGCCUUUGUAAUAAUGCAAUACAUCAGGGGGUUCUGAUUUUUUCCCCUGUCUCCAUUUGUUUGCCAAGCGAAACUAUCCAGCUGCUGCCUGCUGGCUGUAGCUUUAGAUUUAACGAACUACUGCUUUAAACAAAUUGUGCAACACCACUUCACUUACACAUGUGACAGUCACUGCACAUAAAUAAUGGUUAUACAGAGACUUCCCUAAACUCUGAUGUCAAGAACCUGGAUUGUCACCCAUCCAUUUGACAAUGCAGUCCACUGACAAUAAAUGAGAACACAUGUUCUAUUUUUGCACUCUAAUGAUAAAAAGAUUUGAGCCUCCUGCAGUUUCUGUUUUGGUACCAUAUUACUGCAUGUUGUCUCUAUGUUAGAUAGAUUACUGUGUUCAAUGCAUAUGUAGCUUACGUAUGACAUCAUUUCACCUGUUGCCAUGUUCCUCCCUGCGACUGAGAGCAGAUUUUAAUUAGAUAACAGACUCAUUUGCAACAUUUAAAUCCUUGAUACAAAGACAGUGACCCAUUGUGUGAGUCCCUGUUUUGGCAUUUUCCAGAACAGAAUGCUUUUUUUCUACACGUGAAUUAUUCAUCAUUUAUACUGCAUCAGUUACUCUUAUGUGACCUUCUAAUUACAUUCCCUCAAUGUUUGUAGAGAACCCUUGAGAAUUCCUCCUGCGCAGCAUGAUUACGAGGGAACAUAUUUCGUCAUAUUUCCCUCUCCACAAGAGGUUAUAUUUAGCUCUUAUCCAAUAAAUGUAAAUAGUAGCGUUUUAACUGGCUAGACUUCUGUGGGUUUUUAGAGCUGUACCCAGGUCCUUCAGGCUGGAGAAGCAGUUUGUCGAACCAACGGCUCACUCUGGGUGAACGAGCGUGGAUGGAUUACUAAUUUGGCACAGGCCCACGGGCCCCAAGUGUCAGGGGGGCCCCCUCGCCACUCAAAGAGACACAUACCAACUAGGAGGAGACUCAAAAUGACCACUACAGAGAUUCAAAACAGCUGCAAACAGACACAAAAAGACCUCCAAGACACUCGUAUGGAAAGGGGCACAACAACCACAAAGAGACUCAAAGACACACAAAACCACCACAAAACAAUGCAUAAUGACCACAGUAAGAUGCAUAAUGACCACAAAGAGACACAAAACAACAACAAAGGAGGCUAUGUAUGUCCUGCCCCGAUGUAGGAGGUGGUAGGGACUUUAGCAUGCCCAUUGUCUCAUAAUCUACCCCUGCGUAUGAGGAAAUGUUUCUGUUGUUUAAUUUUCCAGAGCCUCACAAAUUUAGUGUACCACGUCUAGACAUCGGUACCACUCCCCGAUUUAAAUUCACCACACAGCACGUGUCGCCUUUUUGUUUUCUCCUUCGACUGCUCACAGUGGCUGCUGCUGCAUUUAUGUAUGAGUACACACGGGCAGGUGUGAAAAGCUCGAUUGUGUAAGGCGAGAAGCCCCACACAAGUUUCUAUUGCUCACUGGGGACCUCCAAAGAGGAAAUGGAUCUUGUUAUGUAAGCUGUUGCUGAGAUGUAUGCACUGAGGGGUCAUUUAAAGUCGAGCUGCAGUGUGAAGUAAUGUGGAGCUGUGCUCUCUGACUAACAUCUCAUUUCCCAGUGUGAUGAUUGCAGAACUUUUCUGUAUCUAGGGCAUUAAAAGAAUUCACCAUUUUGUCUCAACAAACCAUUGCUGUUAGACUUGGACUAACACCAUCUCUUCUGUGAUAUAAAAGGUUACACAGCCUCAAGAUACACCUCCUACAUACAAUAAAGCAAAUCAUGUCUCAAAAUAACACACAAAACUGUGAUUUUUUUUAAUCAUAUAUGUUGAGAAUUUCCUUAUAAUUCCAGUUAUAUCUACUAACAUAAGUGCAGUAAAAGACAGAACUCAAAUUGGUUACAUCCAGGACAAACUGUCUAGACAGUUUCUCUUUGAGUCGUGGGAGCACUUUAUGGACAGCAACAUCAUGGACGAGUUAAGUGGUUGCUGCAGGCAAAUAAAUGAGUUUGGCACUUUACCUCAAGCAGAGGACACUCGUGGGACUCUUGUAUAACCUUCAUGUGCACUCUAUCUCCAGACUGUUGUGCUGUCAGUUGUCUUGCUGGCUAUAUUUACAUGCUCUCUGUACCUGAGAAAUAUGAGAUGUAGCUCAACUGUUAAUAUGUGCACCUGUUGUUUCUAGUAUCAACUGGCUGCCUACCAUGGCUUGCAUGUCAACAUGUUAAUAAAAAUUGUCAAAUUAUGAGCCA